AUGACUGACACGAGAAACACCGAAAAAGCCAUGCCAGCUGAACACGCGGUCGCCGCAGCUCCUGCUCCUGCUACUGCACUCGCCUCUCCUGCACCGCAACCAGCGCGCCGCAAACAGCCCCAGCUCCUCGCAGACCAGCUCGUGGCGGAGGAGCUAAUCGAGGGAGCACCGUCGCGCAACGGAGGGCGUCGGCUGGAGGAAGGGAGGGACCCGUGGACCCACAACGCAUGGGACCAGGUCGAGUGGGGAGAGGAGGAAGAGCGCUUCGCCCAGUCGGCACUCGAGAAGCAGCGCAACUCGCCCGUCCCGCAACACCUCCAGGACAAGUUCAACGCCGACCCCGCUGCGCAAUGGGACGUCUUCUACCGCCACAACAAGGACAACUUCUUCAAGGACCGUGCAUGGCUCAGGACCGAGUUCCCUGAGUUGGCAGAGUGCCUCAAGGCGGAUGCUGGCCCGAAACGCAUUGUCGAGCUUGGAUGCGGCAACGGCAGUACGCUCUUCCCCCUCCUCGCGGCGAACGAGAACCCGAAGCUCGACUUGCACGGCUACGACUAUUCGAAGGAGGCUGUCUCGGUUGUCAAGAACCAUCCCUCCUUCGACCCAACCCACCUAACCUGCGAGGUCUGGGACCUCUCGUCCCCCGCCGGUCCUCCUCCAACUGUCGAGCCAAAUUCGGUCGACGUCUUGACCAUGAUUUUCGUCUUUUCGGCGCUGCACCCGGAUGAGUGGGCGAGGGCGGUCGAGAAUGCCUAUCGGAUGCUCAAGCCAGGAGGCGUGCUCCUCUUCCGCGACUACGGCCGCAACGACCUCGCCCAGCUGCGGUUCAAGGCGAACCGGUUAAUGCAGGACGGGUUAUACGUUCGCGGCGACAACACGAGGGUGUACUUCUUCGAGCGGGACGAGCUGGUUUACCUGUUUGGAGGGGUCAGGCAGAAGGCGAAGGAGGCUACAGCCGGCGCCGCUACACCCUCCGACGCUACACCUAGCAGCGCUACACCGGGUGACGCUACAUCUUUCGGUUCGACAUCGACAACAGGAACAACACGAACAACAGAUACAGAACGCACAGAUACAACACCUCGCGACUCCACAUACACGUCUCUCCCCGAGUCUGACUCGACCGACGCCGCCCUCGAAGCCGCUACAGGUCUCCUCACGACUACAACAUUGACCGAAGACGCUUCCGGCGCCAUCUCUACAUCCACAACCUCCGCCGCGCUUCCCUCGACCUCCCCAACAUCGUCCCGCACAGGCGAGUCGCUCACGCCGUACAGGUUCGACCUCCUCCAGCUUGGCGUCGACCGGCGGCUGCUUUUGAACCGCAAGAGGCAGCUUAAGAUGUUCAGGGUGUGGAUGCAGGGCAGGUGGAGGAAGCCUUUCGAGGCUACAGCGGAGGAGGCGGGCGCACAGGUGUAG